AUGGAGGGGUCAAUAGCAUUAAAGGGUUCAACGCGGCUUAUAACAGAGUUUUUUGAGUAUAGUAUAAGUACCAUCCUUUACCAGCGCGGUGUGUAUCCUGAAGAGGACUUUUCAAAGGUAAAGAAAUAUGAUAUCACCCUAAUGAAAACGGUGGAUGACGAGUUAAAGACAUAUAUACGGAAAAUUCUGAUACAGGUUCAUAACUGGGUAUUGGGAGGAAAGUGUCACAAGCUGGUUAUCUGCAUAAUUGACAAGGAUGAUGGUAGCGUUACUGAAAGGUGGGCAUUUGACAUUGUAAGGUUGGCAGCAAGAACCGAGGCGGACGGGCAAGAGGGGGCAGUUUCUACAUCAGAACAGUCUGUGGAAGAAACGCGGAAACAAAUAAGGGCUUUGAUCAGACAAAUUACAGCCAGCGUAACGUUCCUUCCGGAAUUGAGUAAUGAAGGUAAUUAUACAUUCAAUGUUUUAGCAUAUACCGAUGCAUACACCAAUGUUCCUAUGGAGUGGGGGGACUCAGAUAGCAAGGAGAUUGAAGGAGGGGAGGUUGUACAAUUCAAGAACUUUUCCACGAAUGAUCAUAAAGUCAGCGCUGAAGUUAGCUAUAGGUUUUAG